AUGGAUAACAACAACGGAUGCCAUUGUGGAAAUAACAGUCAAUGCGGAGCAACUGCUACUACUGCUUGUACCUGUAAUGUAAAGAAUGUGAGAGAAACAACAGCUCAUUGCAAUUGUAAUGACGAACAUACUUGUACUUGUGAAGGACAUACUUGUACUUGUCAUUGCGGUGACGAAUGUAAAUGCACCGCUGACGGAAACGAAUGCAAAUGCAGAUGCGAGUCACAUUAA